GCAAGUUUGAUUUUCGACCCUACAGGCCGCCCCGUCUGUGCAGGGUCCACGACGUGUGGCCAGAGUGCGUACAUGCCUCCGCACCGCGCACUGCGGUGGGGGGUUCUGUGCGGACUCGUCCCAUCACCAAAGAGAUGGUGGUGGUUCGUGAUCAACACAGCCCCCCCCGCGCGUCUCAUCUUGGAGCGGAAUACAGUGCUGGUCCUUCUUGCCGCCUACAGCACCAAAGCAAAUGCCGUCGUCGGCACCGAAAGCGGGACUGACCGUAUCCCAAAUAAGACGCUCAGAGAACAGCUGGAGAAAGACAUUGGCGUCACAGAGGGUCCGCAGUGGCAUCUGGACGACGGGAGCUUUUUCUGGUACCCAAAUGCUGUCCAGCAGCUCUUGGAGGCGACCAGUCACGGUGGUGUGGCGCUGUCCCCUUCCUUCGACAUUUUUCUGUAUCAUGGUAUUACAAUCAAACUUUCCACUUAUAUCGUUCAUCAACUUCAAACCACGAAGCUCAACCAGUUUGUCAAAUAUUAUAAGGUCCACGCCUGA